AUAAGAAGAUGGAAACAUGAAGAGUGGGGAUGAGUGGCAUGUGAUAAUUGACACACUACUGAACUGAAAUGGGGAACUUGACACUUCCUUUUGUGGGAAUGAUAAUGGCGGAGUUUGCUCAAGUUGGAUUAAUCAUAUUGAGCAAACAAGCCAUGGCUGAAGGAAUGAACAAUUUCAUCUUAAUCUUCUAUUCCAACGCAAUUGCUGCUCUCCUCCUUCUUCCUACUUCCUUCCUUCACCACAGAUUUCAACGUCCUCCAAUCACCCUUUCUACCCUCUGUGGAUUCUUCUUACUAGGACUACUUGGUUAUUUGGCGCAGGUUUUUGGCUAUGCUGGGAUUUACUAUGGCUCAGCGACGCUCAGCACAGCCAUGCUCAACCUUGUACCUGGUUUUACUUUCGUACUUGCUGUUAUUUUUAGAAUGGAACAAUUAGAUUGGAGAAAAUUUAGCAGCCUAGCUAAAUCAUUGGGAACGAUAGUAUCAAUUGCUGGUGCAUUCAUUGUGACUUUGUACCAGGGCCCUGCACUUUUGAUGGGAAUUUCAUCGGCAACCUCAUCUCAGCAGCCACUUUCCUCACAAGAUUCUAAUUGGAUACUAGGAGGAUUAUUUUUUGCAGUUGAUUGUGUAAUGGCUUCAGCAUAUAUUAUUGUACAGGCUUCUAUUCUUAAGAAAUAUCCAGCAGAGUUUAUUGUUGUCUUCUUUUAUUUUUUCUUUGUGAUGAUUCUAUCUGCCGUGACCUGUUUGGUUGUGGUAAGAGACAUCAGUGCUUGGAGCUUGGAACCUAGGCUAAGGUUGCUUGCAGUAUUAUACUCGGGAGUCUUUGGCUCUGCAUUCCAAGUUGGUGUUACUUCUUGGUGUUUGCACCAGACAGGACCUGUUUUUGUUUCCAUGUUCAAGCCCUUAGGAAUUGUAAUAUCGGUGGUUUUAGGUGUUGUCUUCCUUGGGGAUCCAUUCUAUCUUGGAAGUCUAGUUGGUGCUACUGUGAUUGUUGUUGGGUUUUAUUCUGUAUUAUGGGGUAAAGCCAAAGACAUUGAGGAUGUUGUAGUGAGAAGCUUGGUAUCAAAGGGCAAACAGACUCCUCUUUUGAAGGAAAACAGCCAUGAAGACAUACAAGGGUGUUAGUUCAUUUUAAAAGGAUGCUACGAUUCUGCCAGCAAAUUGGCAGUUUCAAUUGUUAAGGGUGUCUCUGCUCUUACUCAGAAUAAGAUAUGUAAAUGCACAAGAGAUUGAAGAAAAGUGUCAUAAAUUGUAAUAAUUAUCGUGUAGUUUUUUAUUGACUAAGUUGUUAUUCAUGUGCUUUGGCUUUCAUUUUAGAAGACAGUUUGAUGAUGCCAUUUCCAUCAUGCCCUAAAUGUUACUCUUAUCAUUUUGACUUUAGUAUGGAUGAACUUCAUUAUGC